GAGCACGAAGGGAUUCUACGAAUGAGCUGAAGCAAUCACGGCUAACCAACGCAGCAAACGACAAAAGAGCUUACCCAGAAGCAAAGCCUUAAAAAUAAAUGAGCCCAACAAGGCCACGGGAACUUUUAGAGUACCAAUCAAGUUCCUAGCCAACGGCUCACCCAUUUUUGAACAUAAUAUUACUGUGCCAUGUAAUAGGAUAUUUGAAACAGCCGAGUUUUCACCUAACUUCCAGGAAAGUAACAUAUAACAAAUUUAGAAAAAAGGAACCCCACAAGAUGUUCAAAAUUAUAAAGGAAUAUAGGUCCUUAACUUAACCAUGUAAGUCUAUUCGUCAGUACUACUUAAUCGCCUAAGUUGGUCGAAUAUAACCACCUCCUCAGUGAAAACCAGAUGGGUUUUAGAGCAGGAUACUUAACGGUUUAUUGUAUAUUUGUACUAACAGCGAUAGCGCGUGAAUAUCUUAGUAAAGACCGAAAACUUUAUAUGAAUCGCCGGAAGCCUUGCAAGGAAUGAUAAACGCCGCCCAGGUCUUCUGUGAAAAAUAUAACCUUUAGAUCGAAAAGUGUAAAGUGCUGAUAGUCCGCGAUAUGAGAGGAAGGACUGACCGUAACGAUCAAUGGAGCUUCAAUGGAACCAGCCUGGAAUUAAUAAAAGAAUUUAAGUACUUGGGAGUGAUGCUAGCGAGCGAUAUGAAGUUUAAGAAACAUGCAACACUGAAACUACAAGAAACUAGGAUAGCAAUUGGCAGCACAUGGAACGCUUUCUUUCAACAAAAAAAUAUUAAACCCAGCACUAAAUAUCUGGCGACUGCCAGCGACCACAUGCUAUUUCUUGGAAGUAACACACCAGAUUACGCCAUACACUUCGAAACCGGGAUACCUUCACUUUUUGCCUACUCGCUAGGAAUUCACUUCAAAUGUGUAAGAAAAGCCCUGGAAAUGCCACCACAUAGAUAUCCAAAUAUCAUUGUAAAACACCUCCUGGAGAAUAGAUCCAAAUGCUUCCAAACGUGGUGUAGCUUGGCAAACGCCCACAACAUGGAAUGACAACAAGUUAAUCUAAUUCCAGCGAUAGCUGACCAGGACAGACUAAGGUGGGAAAAUGAAGUGCCUCAAAGCCUUGUGCGAAAUAUAUAUUCACGGUUAAAUUACGAUCUAGCAGAUUACUGGAACUACUUUCAGGGCGAGUUGGGGAAGGCAUUCAAGGCAAGAGUUGAAAUGCUUCAGCUUAAAUAUAGACCGCACCACCCCUAUGUAACGCGAGAGAAGCAGGACACCCAGCACAUCCUAGUAAGGUGCUCAAUACUGCAGGAAAUACGAUUUUUUACCUUCGGCAGUACAGCGAUGACUGAAGACGAGUUGAUUAAUCUAAAAAAUGGGAUUAACUGGGACUCGAUAGCAGCGUAUAUGGAGCGCGCCCAAAAAUAUAAAAAUAAAAUCAUAUCAGAAUAUUUCUACAUGUUAAAAAAGUUAAAAGUGAUAUGUGUAAUUAACCCGUGAAUUGUACUAUCUCAGAUUAUGUUGCCUGUGUUAUUCGUGUUAAGUUUCUGAAAUUGUUAAAACCACCUAGUUAAAUUGUACUCGUUCAUUGGCUAACGGCAAUUUGCCCAGCCUAUUAUAGGUCAAAAUAAACUACUACCACUAG